AUGAAUUCUGAAGCUGCUGGAGGUGCAACUUCUAGGAAGACUACAGUUUGUGAUAUGAUUAUUGAGCAACUACUCGAUCACCGUGUUGUACCAGAAGAUGUUACAUUACAUGAUCUUGAUGCUGCAAAUGCACGACCUCGAGGUGGGCAAGAUAUAUUGUCCCUGAUGGGUCAGAUGAUGAAGCCCAGGAAAACAGAGAUUACUGACAAGCUACGGCAAGAAAUAAAUAAGGUGAAGUUUUAUUCCACCAAUAUCAAUAUGGUUACCAUCGAUCAUUUACUUCGGUUCUUGAUUAAAGAUCCUGAUGGCUAUGGUAAGGAGGACAAUGAUGAAGAUAACUACGAUGGUAAAGAGGAUGAUGAUAGUAAUGAAAAGGUGGAAUCUCUUUAUUCAAUUUUUGUACCUCUUCAAUGCCAGAACUGUGGGACUGAAUUCUGUGAACCUUGA